AUGUACAUCAUGUACAUAGCGGUGGAUGUGAAUCAAAGUCUGGAGUUGUCUCACUGUGUAGGGGCCAACUCGUUGGGCCCUGCUGUGCCUUGGAGGUCCGGGGGGCCCUGCAAGAUGAAGAGGGUCCGCACUGUCUUCAAACCAGAACAGCUGGAGCGGCUGGAGCAAGAGUUCCUCAAGCAGCAGUACAUGGUGGGCACGGAGCGAGUAGACCUGGCUGCAACUCUGCAUCUCACAGAGACUCAGGUGAAAGUCUGGUUCCAGAACCGGCGGAUCAAAUGGAGGAAACAGAGCAUGGAGCAGAAGGCGGCAAAGCUGUCACAGUUUGGGGUGAUACAGCCUCCUACUGCGGACUCAAUGGACAUCAAGGACCACGAGGAGGACACUGUGGACGUUGAGCUUUGA